AUGUGGUGUGUCCUAAGAAGCUGGAGUCAAUGCGCUGGCACGCGUCGCACCUUGGCACAGGGAGCCCGCGCAAUGGCCAGUGUGGGCUCCAGGAGUGGGGAUGAGUACAGCUACAUUGUGGUGGGUGCAGGCUCAGCGGGCUGCGUGCUGGCAGGACGGCUCUCGGAGGAUCCCCUGGAUCGUGUGCUACUGGUGGAGGCUGGGCCCAAGGACACGUACGCAGGGAGCAAGAGGCUCCUAUGGAAGAUCCACAUGCCCGCAGCCCUCGUGGCCAACCUGUGCGAUGACAGAUACAACUGGUACUACCACACAGAGCCACAGCCGGGCCUGGAUGGCCGCAUGCUGUACUGGCCACGCGGCAGAGUCUGGGGUGGUUCUUCAUCACUCAACGCCAUGGUUUACAUCCGCGGCCAUGCUGAGGACUACAACCGCUGGCACCAGCAAGGUGCCGUAGACUGGGACUAUGCGCACUGCCUGCCCUACUUCCGCAAAGCGCAGAGCCACGAGCUAGGUGCCAGUAGAUACCGAGGCGGUGAAGGCCCCCUGCGUGUGUCUCGGGGCAAGAGCAACCACCCACUGCACCAGGCUUUCCUGGAGGCAGCACAGCAGGCUGGCUACCCAUUCACUGAGGACAUGAACGGCUUCCAGCAGGAAGGCUUUGGCUGGAUGGACAUGACCAUCCAUAAAGGCAAGCGCUGGAGUACAGCCUGCGCCUACCUUCACCCAGCAUUGAGUCGCCCCAACCUAAAGACCGAGGUCCAGACAUUUGUAAAUAAGGUGCUGUUUGAAGGUACCCGUGCCGUGGGUGUGGAAUAUGUCAAGAAUGGCCAAAGCCACAGGGCUUAUGCCAACAAGGAGGUGAUUCUGAGUGGAGGUGCCAUCAACUCCCCUCAGCUGCUCAUGCUCUCAGGUGUUGGGGAUGGAGACGACCUCAAGAAACUUGGCAUCCCUGUGGUGUGUCACCUCCCAGGAGUUGGCCAGAACCUCCAAGACCACCUGGAAUUAUACAUCCAGCAAGAGUGCACCCGCCCUAUCACCCUCCACUCUGCACAGAAGCCCUUACGGAAGGUCCAGAUUGGCCUGGAAUGGCUCUGGAAGUUCACAGGGGAUGGCGCCACUGCACAUCUAGAAACCGGUGGGUUCAUCCGGAGCCAGCCUGGGGUUCCUCAUCCCGACAUCCAGUUCCAUUUCCUGCCUUCUCAAGUGAUUGACCAUGGGCGGGUACCUACCCAGCAGGAGGCUUACCAGGUGCAUGUGGGGACUAUGCGGAGCACAAGUGUGGGCUGGCUAAAACUGAGAAGCGCCAACCCCCGGGACCACCCUGUGAUCCAACCCAACUACUUGUCCACAGAAGCCGACAUUAAGGAUUUACGUCUGUGUGUGAAGUUGUCCAGAGAAAUUUUUGCACAGAAAGCCCUGGAUCCAUUCCGAGGGAAGGAACUCCAGCCAGGAGGCCACGUGCAAUCAGACAAAGAGAUAGACGCCUUUGUGCGAGCGAAAUCGGACAGCGCUUACCACCCCUCGUGCACCUGUAAGAUGGGCCAGCCCUCCGACCCCAUGGCCGUGGUGGAUCCACAGACCCGAGUCCUCGGGGUUGAAAACCUGAGGGUUGUUGAUGCCUCCAUCAUGCCCAGUGUGGUCAGUGGCAACCUGAACGCCCCCACGAUCAUGAUCGCAGAGAAAGCAGCUGACCUGAUUAGGGGGCAGCCUGCACUCUUUGACAAGGAUGUCCCCGUCUACAAGCCUAGGACCCUGGCCACCCAGCGUUAA